CCCCAGUCAACCAGCAUCACAGUGAAGACGACGCAUCCCAGGAGACAGAGCGAGAGGGAUGACACUUUGUUGAGCAUCUUCAACCAAUUAGAAAUGCUCUUAUGCCUAUCUUGACCACAACGCCAAUUGAUUCAGUCACACGAUUUGUCGGCCAGGGACAUCCGCAGUGGUGAACCAACCACCCGGUCUUACAUUCAUCACGACUCAUUCUUCCAAUAGCACCUGGAGGCAGUCAUAAUGGAAGGUCUUUUCGAGGAGUUCCGCAAUGCCUACAAAGCCAGGUCUGGCUACUCUCUUGCACAAACGCUCCAGCCCUUCAGCCCAGUCAACAAGCCCGACAAGCUUCGGUCCAUCUACCUGAGCACGAACAUCCAAGAAGCCAAGGCUGACGUCAAGUACAUGCUCCUGGGUCGCGGCUCAGGGUCUAAGAAACUCAAGCUCGACCACGAGGAGACCAACGGCUGGGUGGAGGUCUACACGGCGUACUGGAAAGCCAUUGGCGAGAUCCUCAAAGUGGAAGGCGACUCCAGUGCUGGAGGUAGGUCUUCAUCAUGGACAAAAGUGUAUGAGGCGUGGAAAGAGCUCACCACUGCUCUCAUCCGGGGCUACACCAACUAUGGGUUCGAGGCCUGGACUAUCCCUUGUCUCUACACUGCAGGCAAGCACCUGCGACUUUUCGCCAUCAGCUCGGACGAGGAGCGCAACACGACGGACGCUGCCGCCAAUGCUAUGGAGCUGGGUGACGACUUCGACCCAGACCUGGAGAAGCAAAAGCAGCUCCGUGACUGCGAGCAACAACUCAAGCGCAUUUUCACAUUGUGCUUGAGUGACAGAGCACCUCUUGAAGAUUCGAGAAAGUGGGCCAUCUACUUCGUCAUCAACCUUCUGUUCAAGACAUACUUCAAACUCAACUCCGCAAGUCUUAGCCGGACGAUUCUCAAAGCUUUGUCUACCAACCGCGGGGACAUGCCCCCGUUGGAGGCGUUUCCCAAGUCUCAGCGGGUUACGUUCAAGUUUUACGAAGGCGUACUUUUCUUUCUUGAAGAGAACUACGUUGAGGCCGAGAAACAUCUCACUGAGGCAUGGUCUCUCUGCCACAAGGACGCCAAGAGCAAUCAAGAGAGAAUCCUCACCUACUUGAUCCCCUGUCAUCUUCUCACCACCCACACCCUCCCGAGCAGCAAACUCCUGGAACCUUUCCCUCGCCUGCAGAAGCUCUUCCUUCCGCUAUCGCGGUGUAUCCGCAAGGGCGACCUGCGCAAUUUCGACCUGGCUCUCCAGGAAGGCGAGGAAGAGUUCGUACGCCGCAGGAUCUAUCUCACCCUAGAACGCGGUCGUGACAUCGCCCUGCGCAACCUCUUGCGCAAGGUAUUCAUCGCUGGCGGCUUCGAAGAGGCCAAAGAGGCCGGCGCGGCCCCAGUCCGUCGGACCAGAGUCCCUGUCGCCGAGUUUGCGGCUGCGAUUAGCCUAGGCAGCCAGGAGAGCGUGGAUCCGGACGAGGUUGAGUGUCUGCUUGCCAACAUGAUUUACAAGAAUCUCAUGAAGGGCUAUAUCGCCCGCGAACGCGGGAUUGUCGUCCUGUCCAAGAACGGAGCGUUCCCCGGAACAGGGGUAUAGAAAGCGGUGGUGUGGAGAUACCACAAAACCAAGUAUUUCACUGCGUGACAUUUUUAACGGCAGAAUUGAGAUACUACCUCGAUACCACAGUGAUAGGAGCGUAAAGCAGCGACGGUUCUCUUACUGGGGACAUCGGUCGCACAUCUUGCAUGGUAAGCGGGUGGACCUGUUCGAGAGAAGGUGCUCGGCGGCGCGCCGUCGUGCAUAGAGGCAUGCACUUCGGCUCACACUUCGGUGGUGUGGGCGCGCGUUAUCAGACUCAUAAAGCCUAACUCGACGCCGGUUGCUCGCGCCGGCAGGUGAAUACACAUUGUUCAUAACUUGUACCCGUCCAUGACUCCGCUCUCCUGAUCCUCGACGUCGUCAUCAGGUGAUACCUAGAACACAAGUGAUGCAAGGCAGCUCCGAGACAAUCGCAAUAGAUUUACGAAAAACUG